AUGGCGGCGCAAAAGGACUUCUGGCGGGAUGAGGGGUAUCCAGGCUUCUCGAAAUGGAUGGCCUCGUCCGACGACUUCCUUGUCCUGCGGCGGUUUGGGCAGCUCAAUGUCCGCGUCCUGCUGCUCAUGCAGGAUCGCAUCGUCAGAAAAGAAGAGGAACUGGCCAAUAUUGACGCUCAUGGCCGAUUACACGGUGACGACUCGAAGGCAGACAGCAGCUCGCUUCGGAAAGAGCCGUUGCCAGAGCGAGAGGCUAUUCUCGAUGAACUAAAGACGAUGCUUCACGAAUAUAACGAGUACAUACUCGCCUUCUCUCAGAUCAAGGGCUGGCGGUCCGCCCAAGAUCGCCAGGUCGAGAACAUCGAGAACUGGUUCUACAACCAUCCGUACGCCAUCGACUCAAAAGAGCAAGAGUUUGUGCGGGCCGGCAGGGACGUUGUCGCUCCGGCGAGCAAGCCGAAACCGUCCGUGCGAGUGCUCAUGGAGCGCUGCGCGCCGCUCUUACACAGCCGGAUUUUUCGUGUCAAGGCCAAGUCGAACCAGACCCAGUCCGGCACGACGCUCUACUUUAGCAACACCCGCUUCGACGCCUUUGUGACCUUUACAGUCAUUGCCGCUGGACUGAUGCUUCUGCUGGGUCCGAUGUGGUGGCUGCAGUUUGUCGCAGACCCGGUCAAGCGGUUGGGCAUCAUCACGGGCUUCGUCCUGCUGUUUACGGGUCUGCUAGCGAGUGCCACUGUGGCCAAACCGUUUGAAGUCAUGGCUGCUGCUGCCGCGUACACGGCUGUUCUGAUGGUCUUUCUUCAGAUUGGCGGCUCUACGAGCAAAUAG